AUGGGGUUGAUUCCGUGGGCGCUGGUGCUGGCGGUGGUGAAAGAGGGGGAGGUGCUGGGCGAAAUGGCGGCAGAGCAAUGGCUUGGAGAGGAGGGCAAGUGGACGGCUGUUGCUGGGAUCGAAGCAGCCAAGGCCGCAAUCCGCCUGCUCCUCUUGCACCGCGACAGGUGGCGAUUGCUGAUAGGAGGAGGCAGCACGGAGAAUUCCGGCCCCAGCAAGCCUGUUCCAUCAACUUCAUCCUCGUUACAAGCCCAGCAGCCGUCCCUGUAUCAGCAGCAGCCGCAUAGCACAGCCAGUCCGAUGGGUUACAGCGGUGGUAACGGUGGUAACGGUGGUAACGGUGGUAACGGUGGUAACCGGGGCGUGAACGGGCAGCAGGCAGCCACGACCAGGGCCCUGGGUGCGUUUCAAAGGUUCCAAAGGCAAGUGGGGGGGCAGCAGCUGCAGCAGCAGCACUCCCGCCAUUACCACCGCCAGCACCAGCACCACCACCAGAACCAGUACCAGCAGCAGCAGCAGCAGCAGCAGCAGCAGCAGCAGCAGUGGUAUUAUGAGCAGCAACAAUGUAACCUGCAGCAGCAGCAGCAGUAUUGGGCACAGGGAAACGGUGGUGCUGGUGUGGUGAGGAAUGCUGCUGCUGCUUCGUCCAGUGGUCCUGCUGUGUCUGGUGCUGGUGCUGCUGUGAACGCAGCAGCACAGGGUAUAGAGCACCAAGGCAGGGUAGAAACGGCUGAUUCCAACGGGAUUGUUGAGAAGGCUCCAGCUGUCGCCACGUCAGUUGCAUGCGUGGAAGAUGGGCCUGCCACGUCAGCUGCAAGCGUGGUAGACGGAACCGUCACGUCAGCCAGCGAAACAAGUCAAGCAUUGGCCAAGACAAAACAGAUUGACUGGAUUCGCUGCAUGCACGUGUCAGCAGAGCUCAUCCACAUCUUCCGCCCUCUGCUCUACGUGCUUGCCAUCCGAGCCGCUGCCAGUGCUGCUCGUUCCAGAGCAGUCUUCGCUUCUCAUGCUGCCGCUGAUGCUGACCGUUCUGUCCCGUCCCGCCAUCCUCCCCUGGGAUCUCCCUCCCCCCAACCCAGGCACAGCAGCACUCAAGCCUCUGCCAGGGCAGCCGGGCAGGAGGUGGUGGUGGUGGUGGGUGCGAUGGAACCCCUGGCUGCUCUCCCUCUUGUUAAUUAUCCACCAUCUCUCCCAUGUUUGUAUCCUUCCCUCCCUUCCAGGCACAGCAGCACUGCGGCCGCUCCCAGGGCAGCCGGGCAAGCGGUGGUGGUGGUGGUGGGCAGUGCCACUGUCAAGCCCCUCCCAGGCCAGCCGGGCAGGAAGUGGUGGUGGUGGGUGCGAUGGAACCCCUGGCUGCUCUCCCUCUCCCUCGACGCUGUCUCCCUGCUCCUCCAUCACCCCGUCUCUCAAGCUUCCACUGCUGCCCAUGCUGCCACCGCCAAUGCUGGUUCUGCUGAUCGCUCUGUCCCCUUCCUCUUCUCCCCCUGGUAUCUCCCUCUGUGUUCAUCCCAGGCACAGUAG